CGGAGCCGAUCUUAUGACUCAUAGUCAUGGGAAUGGAUACUGUAGUCAACAAGGCGACCCCGGGUUGGGGAAUGAGGGAGUGUCUGAUCGGAAAACUUUGAUCUAGGGUGCUCAGCGGGUUGCCUGCCUCUCCUAGUUACACUUCUGCGAUAUUUACGUCGACCUUCCGAACGCUCGUACAGUUCCUUGAAACACCUAAGGGGAGAGAGGGAGAUAAAAUGCUCCUCUUCUGGGGUUGUGGUUUGAUUUCCUUAGGGUACAACACCGUGGCUGGGGGUGUGGGCGGGAGAGAACCUGAGCUCCAAGGAAAGUCAAGGUGGAGUCUAAAGCCCUCUAGGAGAAGUGGGGUGCUGAGGCUCAAGCAGCAUGACGACGGAGACUUUCGUGAAGGAUAUCAAGCCUGGGCUCAAGAACCUGAACCUCAUCUUCAUUGUGCUGGAGACAGGGCGAGUGACUAAAACAAAGGACGGGCACGAGGUUCGGACCUGCAAAGUGGCAGACAAAACUGGGAGCAUCAAUAUCUCUGUCUGGGACGACGUGGGCAACCUGAUCCAGCCUGGGGACAUUAUCCGGCUCACCAAAGGGUACGCUUCAGUGUUCAAAGGUUGUCUGACACUGUACACUGGCCGUGGGGGUGACCUUCAGAAGAUUGGAGAAUUCUGUAUGGUUUAUUCUGAGGUUCCUAACUUCAGUGAACCAAAUCCAGAGUACAGUGCCCAGCAGGCACCCAACAAGACGGUGCAGAACGACAGCAGCCCCACGGCUCCCCAGCCUGCCACGGGACCCCCUGCCGCUUCUCCAGCCUCUGAGAGCCAGAACGGGAAUGGACUGAGCACCCCUCCAGGUCCUGGUGGUGGCCCGCACCCCCCUCACACUCCCUCCCACCCCCCCAGCACCCGAAUUACCCGAAGCCAGCCCAACCACACACCUGCCGGCCCUCCGGGCCCCUCCAGCAACCCUGUCAGUAACGGCAAAGAAACCCGGAGGAGCAGCAAGAGAUAGCAGGACCUUCUUCCUCCCUUCUUGCCACCCACCAUAACCCAGGUGUCCGCUAGAGAACACAGCUUCCUACUGGACUGCUGGCUUUGGGGGGGGCAGGGGAGUCAUAGGAGUGUUUUAGCCACUAAACUUCACUGGAGGGGUGGUAGGCGGUGGCCUUAUCCACCCUAAGCCCAUAUUCCCCUCUUGUCCAGCUGAAGCUGCCUACUUGCUGGGAUUCGGGGCCCUCUCUGCCUGCCCUCCCUCCUCUUUAGAAACAACAGUUACAGUCUGUUUCACGUGUGUGAUGCGGGAACCUAAUUGCAUCCCUCCUUCCUAAUAAAUGUCACUACUCUGUA